GACAGCGCAGCACUGACACUCCUGAGUCAGUUGGUUGUAGCUCUUUGCUAGUAGCCUAGUUAGCAUGUGCCUUAGUUACCAAUAGUGGCUGAGCAACGACGAUUUUAACAAACUGUGUUUAACGUGACUAUCUGAGGUUUUACUAGUGGGUCUUGAGUAAUGACUAGCGACACAGCCAGGUGAAACUGUCCCCCCCCGUGGCUAAAAAUACACACUCACCAAAUUUGACUGUGGUUGAGCCGCUGCUGCUAACGUUAGCUAACUGACAGCUGCCCGGCUCAGUAACAGUAGCCGUUAGCUAGCUUCUAGUUUGGUCUUACUCGGCCUAACUAACACAGACAGAUAUACAGCAGGACCAGUGACCACAGAAAAAUGGCGGAGGCAGUCGCAAAUGUGGCCCGGAGGAUUAAUGCCACCGUCGAGGACGGGAAGGACAGUUUGGAUCUGUCCAACUGCAAUCUCAUAUCCUUCCCGGAUGGUGUGUUCAAGGUCCUGAGGAGUGUCUCGGAGAACAUCCGUGUUGUCACAUUGGCCGACAACGAGAUGAAGGCCCUUUCCAGCAAGUUCUUCUCAACCUUCACUCAGCUGAGAGAACUGGACCUGCGAGGCAAUGUCCUCACCAAGCUGCCCGACACUGUGGCAGAAAUGGAGCAUCUGACCUGCAUCAAUCUGGCUAAUAACAGCUUCUCCAUCUUCCCUGAUAAGCUGACCGAAAUAGCCACACUGGAGAGGAUUAACCUGGAGGGAAAUAGCAUCACCGAUAUUCCAGUAGAGAAGCUGUCUGCGAUGCCUGCACUGAAGUGGAUAAACGUGAAGUCGAACCCUCUGGACUCAAACACUCUGUCUGCUCUGCAAUCUCCACACAAUUUUGACAUAGUGUCCAGCGCAGAUUCCUAAAAACAAGUCACCCGGUGACCCACCUAUAGACUGCAUGCUGUGUGCCUUUUUGGUUGGAUGCUUCCGUGUGCCUGGGGAACAAGGAAACAUAAUACUUGAAUAUAUUGAACAGAUCAUGAUAUCAAAUUAGGUUUACAAGAGGUGUGGUGAUGGCAUUCUCCUUGAUUGAGCUUACAAAUGAUGUUUGGAGAUGCAAUCAAUCCGUCUUUAAGCGCCAUUUUUCGCCAGUGCCAGUGUUUCUCGUGUUAGUUGAGGCAUUUAUAAGGGCUUAUUUAUUACUUUUGUUAGUAUAAAAAAGGUUUUUAAAUUAAAAAGUAUGCAUUGGAUGCUAUGGCAGUCUUCUGUCAUGACUUUUGGUUUUCAGAAAUGUAUCCUGGUCUUUUUCAUUUUCAUGAAUAAAUGAUUAUUCAGGGUGUCUGCAG